GCUUCGCCCCGCUUUCGCAGAGAAAAAGAGCGCUUCCUUUUUCUCCCACUUCGCUUUCGCACUUGGUUGACACCUGUGUUUCUUGUAAAGUGCACACUCACACGCCGAUUUUAGGCAUUUUAUUAGUCACUAAAAAUUAUGUUUAAGUCAGAAAUACGUAGAUGGUAUGGCAUAAGCUGUUCUGCUAUUGCCUGUAUUAGUGCUACAUUCAUUCUAAGUAGGCUGCAGAGCUCAUCUUCAGAGUGAUAGAAAUGCUCAGAUACUUAGUCCAUGGUCUUGAGUCCUGGCUGGUAAUCCCCAUCCAAGUUGUCAAUCAUGUCGUGGGGGCAUAGCUGGCAGUGAAGUUCAGAGAGUUCCUAAUUAUUUUCCACACCUCAGGGAGAGCAGGAGCUUAGGAAAGCAUUUUCAGAGGGAAUAAUCCGUGCUAUCCAUGUGGCUUGCUCACUCAAUCAUUACCAGAAGCAGUAUAAGCUAUUGGGAACUAAUUGAAAUUUUGGCAAUUUCAAGAAACCAAAAGCUUCCACAACCAGGAGAGGAGAGCCAGAUCCUGGAACUGCUGAUUCAGAGAGAUGGAGAGUUUCAAGAGCUAAUGAAGUUGGCAGUUGAUCAGGGAAAAAUCCAUCAUGAAAUGCAGCUUUUAGAAAAGGUAGUAGAAAAGCGGGAUAAUGAUAUUCAGCAGCUGCAGAAACAGCUAAAAGAAGCAGAGCACAUACUGGCAACAGCUGUUUAUCAAGCAAAGGAAAAACUGAAAUCAAUUGAAAAAGCACGGAAAGGUGCCAUUUCCUCUGAAGAAAUAAUUAAAUAUGCCCACAGGAUCAGUGCUAGCAAUGCUGUGUGUGCCCCUCUGACAUGGGUACCAGGGGACCCACGUAGGCCAUAUCCUACAGAUCUGGAGAUGAGAAGUGGUCUCUUGGGUCAGAUGAACAACCCAUCCACCAAUGGAGUCAAUGGACACUUACCAGGGGACGCACUUGCAGCAGGCAGACUGCCAGAUGUGCUUGCUCCUCAGUAUCCUUGGCAGUCAAGUGAUAUGUCAAUGAACAUGCUACCUCCUAAUCAUAGUAAUGACUUCAUGCUGGAGCCUCCAGGACACAAUAAAGAGAAUGAAGAUGAUGUAGAAGUUAUGUCAACAGACUCCUCAAGCAGCAGCAGUGACUCAGACUAGGUACAAGGGGGUAUCCCUAGUAGACCUUUCCUGUGGCGAAGGUAGGUUAGAUGAUGUUUGUCACAAACUGCAAUAUCCUUUUGUUACACCAGCAGCCCUGUGUAGGGAGAAGAUAACAGCUGGCUCAGAGAUAGGGUGACUAAUUUAAAACCAUGGACUGUAGCCUUGGUUUUUUUUCCUAUUAGAUGUUCUACAAGCUGGGAGAAAUGUCUGGGAGCUGUCUGCUGGGGGAGAGAUGUCAGAUUUUCAGUGAUUGUGUAAAUGUAUGUUUGCAAGAGAUGUGUAAAUAUAUAUUUAUAUAUAUGUAUUUACUAUACAUUAGAUGACAUAAGUUCCUGGGAAAAAACGGUGUAAGGGGAAUCCCCUUGUAUGUUUGUUAGUAACUUUACUCUUUUGAUGAUAGCCUUUUCUAUGCCACGGAAAUGAAACAUGAAGUUUGUAAUUUUAGUAUCUUUUUUUGUUACUGCCUAAAUCCAUGUUCUUGGUCAUCUGUGUAUCAAGAACAAAAAUAUGGCAAUAAGGUGUAAUAAAAGAGUUUGUAAUUAUUGUAAUAUAUUACAAAUGAUUUGUCAUAAAUAAACUCAGCUUUGAUCUAA